AUGGCUCGUCGAGGUUCACUUGCUUCAAGUCUGACUGAUCAAACGGCCGCCUCCGUACGCAGACGAAAUGCAGGCAAGAGACUAAGUGAACCCUUUCGAAUACCAGAGGCAUCAUCAACUUCGAGCUCAAGGUCGCCCUCAACGCCGGGUUCUACGUUGGGAACCCCGAUCUUGAUAGACUCGGACGACGAGAAGGACAGUACACCUACUAAACAGAAAAAACCCAGCAUUCGGUCUUCACAGGACAACUCAGCAACGAGCUCGACAUUGGCACUACUGGAAAUCCCAGUUCGUGCUAAGCAUUUGACGAGUGUGAGCGCCAAGGAAGAUGUCCAAGAUAUCAAAAUCAGCGAAGAAAUGACGAGCGACGCGCAAGACACCAGCAACUACCCACAGCUGAUACACGCUAAACUGGGCAAAAUCGUUUGUGAGACGCUCCUCAAAUCUGAAGGGGAGGGCUUUCUAUACGUCUUCCGAGAUCCAAAGCAUAAGGGUGCAGUGAAGAUCGGAUACACAAGGGAUAUCAAUAGACGCACAAAAGAACAUGGAAAAUGCGACUUGGAGCUGAUAUUCGUUCAUAUCUCAGGGCGGGUCAAGGCAAUGAAACGGGCAGAGCAGCUUAUCAAAGCCGAUUUGAGGCACUUGCGUAGGCCGUGGGAUUGCUCUGCUUGCAAACGUACUCAUGAAGAAUGGUUCGAGAUCGACGAAGAGUCUGCCAAAGCAAGAGUCACUCUAUGGGUUAAUUGGAUCAAUAAUUGCGACCCCUACGAUUCGUAUGGGAAUAUCAAACCACUCUGGAGAUACCUGAUAGAGUAUGGAAGAAAUCCUCGGGAAGAGUUGGACAGCAGGAACCACGAAGCUCGAUGGAAGCAUUGGAACUGGGUCUUGUCAGAGCCUCUGCCCAGCGACAUGCCAGGAUUCCAAAAACACCAGAGGAGAUCCAGUGGCAUGAGCAGGCGACCGAUGCCGUCACAUCGGCAUGGAGGCCAGCAAAUUGCUCCUACGCAUAAUCAGAUCAUUACGCAUGUUGACAGAACGUCGAUUGAAGCGCUGCAGACGUUGGGCAUAAACGAAUUCCUCCAUGCCGCAACACAAACAGCGACAAACAACAACAUCAAUUGGACGCUAAGCAUAAAUGUCCAGUGUGACGCUCAUGGUAAUCAAAGGAACCCUCCGAUUGAUGGGUCCUUGUGGGAAUGA